GGCCGCGCCCACCGCGCCCACCGCGAGCACCACGACGUUCCUCCCUGUGCUGAGGUGCGGGCUGUGCCAGCGCUGGCGGUACACCAACACGGCCGCGCGGAGGAGGUACCACAGCAGCGGCGCGUAGAGAAUGUAUAAGGGCGCGUAGAGGAUGUAUAACGGCGCCCAGUCCGUUGCCCGCGGGUCUUUACUGCCUGCUGUUAAUGUUGAGCUCUCGUAAUGAAUGCACGGAAUUUCACGUCUCGACAGAGGAUGAUGUUGGCUAUGACCUGGGCUGCGGCGAGAAGAGUGAUCAGAGCGUGUGCCGCGAACCAGAAAGCGCCGGCGCGAGAUGCUGGUGUGAUGAAGAGGACGAUUCGCGGACUCAUGAUCGAUGUGGGAGGUGAGGUGGGAGACAGAAGCAACAUAUGGAGACGGCGUACAGUAGAGAUAUGUGAUCGGGCGACUGAUCCUGCCGGCAGCGUUGUGCCUGUCGAAAGCUGUCCGUCAAGAUGGCGGAUCAAGAUUAGGCUGCACACCCGGAGCCGACGCACAUGUCGUUCUGCUCGCUGCUCGGAAGCAUGCCAAGGCUCGGCGCCACGGACACGGAUUCGGGGCAGACUGCCUGAUGAUCUGCCGAUUUGCGCACCUCGCAACGGCAAGGCCAGGAUUCCACGAACACAAGAUAAGAGACAAGAUUAGAUGACUACAUGAAGAUGAUGCUGCGAGACAGGCAUGGCAUGGCGAAGAUAUUUCGUCUGGCUAUUGGAGCCCAGUGGCCGGCGACGUAACGCGAUGACGGAAGUGACAAAGUGGUGGUAUUGUUGUACGCGCUAGGAGUUGUACGUCGUGGUUGAUGUGAGUGUUACAGGAGAAACGGCAGGACCGGUGGAGUUCCGAU